AAAGGGCCGGCGGCUCUCUUCUCUCCCUCGGCCUUCUUUCCUAGCGGCGACGCCAGGGCAGGGCGAGUGGCGGCCGGCGGCUCUCUCUCUCUCUCGGCCUUUUUCUUUCCUUGCCAGUUCUUCGUCGGGAGCUUCGCCGCCGACAAGGAGUCGGCCUCCAUUAUCCUCCGCCCCUGAUGUCGAGGCUGCGAGCUUUGUGGCAAGCUUCCUUUAACGCCACCAAGAGAGCUCUUGUAUGGAGUUCAGAUGAUCUAAUUCCACCAAGCGAAAGAUAUAUCUUCAAUUUCAACUCAAAAGAUGAGCUGAAAAGGUGGCAUUUGUACUCAGAUUCAGAGUACGGAGGUUUAUCUGCUGCAUCAUUGGAGAUAACUGAUAGCACUGCUGGGCCAGAUACUUCAUUAACUGGUGUGUUUUCUGGUAAUCUUUCUUCGGAUAUGUCUGAGGACUCAACAUGGAGGAUCAGGCGCUAUGGAUUCUGCGGAAUGCGAUCAAAGAAGUUUGAUGGUUUCAUUGACCUUGAUGCAUAUGAUACAAUAGCAAUGAAGAUCAAAGGGGAUGGAAGAUGCUACAUAUCUACCAUAUACACAGAGAAUUGGGUGAAUUCACCAGGACAAGAAGAAGAUAAUUCAUGGCAGGCUUUUGUGCACACACCCCAGGACAGAUGGCAAAUACUGAAGAUCCCUCUUGAUCAAUAUUUACCAACAUGGAGAGGAAAUGUGAUUGAGGCAAAGUUGGAAAUGAAUCCUGCUCGUAUUGUGGGGAUGUCUCUCUCUGUAAAUGCAGAAGGUGGUGUUCCUGGUGCCAAGACUGGGACUGGUGACUUUAGGCUAGAAGUUGAUUGGAUCAAGGCAUUGAGAACACUGUGAGGUCCACGAGGCAUAGUCUUAUUUCAGUGCUCGAGGAUCGCAUCGGCAUUUUCUUUCUCUUCUGUUUCACCCGGCUCUGCCGUUGCUGAAAUUUCGUCAGCAACCAAAACCACAUGACUACAUGAGUAACUGUAGUUCAGAUUGCCCACUCCUGUAUGUACUUUUAGGUGUAUGAAAUGUCUAUGUUUGCUGGUAAACAUGGAAGGCUGCUGCAGUUCGGCCCCAAUGAAUAAUAAAUAUUGUUUUCCUUUUGCGGUUUAUAAAUAAAUGAUAAAAAAAUGUAACACUUGUCA